AUGGAGGGACUCCAAAUAUUUUCUAAAAGUGUAAUUGCAGCAUUGAAGAAAGAGUUCAAUGACAAAUUAGAAAGAUUAUUAAGUCGUAAGAAGAGUAAUAGUGCAUACUUCAUCAGUAGAUCCAGAUAUGAAGAUUUCAUCACAGAAAUUAAUGUUAUAAAGAGUAAAUACAAUAAAGACUUUGAAGACUACAAAAUGUUGAACAAUUAUGAUGUUAUAGAGACUAACGGAAGAAGAAAACUUGUUAAACCAAAAGAUGAUAGUAGUUCGAAUGUAAAAUUUUAUGUUGCCACUGAUGAAUUGUUUGGUGUCCUACACACUAUGCAUAUAUUGUUCAAUCAUGCCAACAAGGAUGUCAUGGAUUCAGAAAUCAAAACUAAAUAUUGUAAUGUGUCAAAAGAAGUAAUUAAAUUAUAUUUAAGCUGCUUGAAAUUCAUGCUCUCACGGAACGGCGAGAGGCUUCUGAAACUCGGUGACUUCACGUUUACGAGGCGUUUCAGUCAAGGCACAAGAUGUAACUGGGUUUGUUACACUCAUAAUGAGCACGGCUGCCAGGCGACUGCUUACACGGAACAUAACGACUUGCUCUACGCGAACAAUGAACAUAAUCAUCCGCCUACAGAAUUUUUUGUAUGACAUUUAUCUAAAAUCAAAAAUAAUAGGGUGGUUGUAGCCGUAUAGAGCGGUAACCAGUUGUUGAUCAUUAGAGAUAAUCACCUAUGGAUUUCUUGCAACUUCUUUUACUUAUAUUUAUUGCUGUCAUGUGCCAAUUGGCGGUCAUUGCAACAAUUGUAUACUAAUCGUUU